UCUCAUACGCAAACCUCUAUAUAAGCGCAACGUACGAUUCAUUAGCAAUCUGCAAUCUAGUAUCCAAGUAUUGUAACUAUGGCUCGAUUAAACUGUAUCGCGUUAUUCAUUGUUGCAACGAGCGUACUGAUGUGCAUUCUUGCAGAAGAGUUACAGCCCUAUCCUAGUGAAUAUGACAUCUAUGUUCCAAAAAUACUCGCAAAUGACGUUGUGCGACAGAAAGCAGUCGAUUGUUAUUUGAAAAAAGGACCGUGCACGGAACAAGAAAAAUUAGCUACAGAUUUAUUCAGAGAUGCUUUAAAAACCAACUGCAAAAAAUGUGGUGAAAAACAAAAAGAACAUGUGAAGAUACUUACUGAAUGGUUUGUAAAGAACCAACCCGAUACUUGGAAAUUAAUAAUUGAGAAUGUCGACUCGUAAAGAUAAAGUAUGCUGAUCAGUAACUACUGGCAACAAAAAUGAAUAAUGAAUUAUUCGAAGCAUAUUAUAAAUAACAAAAAUAAAUUACAUGUAUUUAAUCGUGACAUGUACGUUUUUUUAUCUUACUACUUUUAGUUUUGUAUUCUCAAAAAAUACAAAAUAGUGAAUAAACGACAGAAAAUUAAAAAAAGCUUACUUAUCCAUGUCAUAUUGAAAUGUAAAAUAAAUAUUUUAUUUCGUGUGUAUGUAUAAACGUUAAAUACAAUUUAGCUAUAACUUGUCCA